AUGCCUCUCAUCCAACUCAGUCCACACCCUUUCGCCUCCCUCCCGGCUCACCCAUCUCUCCCCUCCAGCCCAUCCCGUCCGGAACUAUCCCAGUUCGUCACCACCGCCCUUCGCGAGGCCAUCUCCCUUCUCGACACAACCAUCCCUUCCACCCUAACCGCAGACUCGAAGCCCCGUUCGUCGCCACCAUCGCACGCGAAAGUAAAGCUACUGCGCGGGUGGAGAAAGCCUGCAGACUCAGACUCUCCUCAGGUUCGAAACGGGUCAGGGAAGGGAGAGUUUUGGGUCUGUCGCCAAAGCGAACAUGUUGACUCAGCUGCGCCUGGCACGGCGUCUUGGGAGGAGUUUGAGGAUGGAUUGCGGCAAGAUCAUGCUAAGCACGAGAUGGAGUAUACGCCCAGCGUGACGGGUGUGGAGAGAUUGUUACAGUGGGAGGGCCCGGAGAUGGAGACGGAAUUGGAGGUCGAGGGGGUAGUGUAUACGGAUUUCGAAGUGGAAGUCAAUCUGAUCACACACACCUUCCGCCCAGGCGCGCUAAUCGCGCCGCGCUCGUUUCUCUCUCUAACGGUAUCCGCCAAAACCAGUGACAAGCUAGGCACCGAGCAGAGCCCACCAGGCUUCCUCACCAUUCAGAUAUCAUUACACCCAGACCCAUCCUCUACGCCGACAGAGCUGCACCAAAGAAUCCACUCCGUCGUGCCGCGGAGAGCGAUAUUCGCUAACUACGCCAGCGUGGAGCGCGUCGUGUCGCGCCGCUCUUCAACCCAAGGCGGCUCUAAUCCAGACACUACAGGUUCCAGCCAUGUACAGUGGACUAUGGCGACAACCUCCGACGCUGGUGGAUCGAUUCCGCAGUGGGUUCAGAGGAACUGGACGUUGGGGGGUGUUCCGCGCGCGGUCGUUGCGGAUGUGGGAUUGUUUAUUGGGUGGACUGACCAGGAGAGGAAGAAGCGAGCGACGAGUGGUAACUAG